CUCCGUGCCAGCGAGAGGCGCCCCCACUAAAAUUUUCAAAACUCCCUUAUCUCCCCACACCGAAACUUUUUUUCCUGCGAUAGGAGCAAAGCCUACCAGUUCCUGGGCAACAAGUCUGAAAUAUUUUGGUCGGGCGUCUUUUUGCUCCACAGCCUUAAUUGGGAAGUGCGAUCGGGUUUCCGAUACCCAGUUCCUCAAGUCUCUUCCCUUCUCCCAGCAGAACAAUCAAUUCUCGCAGCCACAACUAUUCUUCUUUGCCGACUCUUCUUCUUCACCCUCCUCUCUCUUGUACCUCCAAGCCGCAAAAAUGGCCUCCGCAGAGCUCUCUUCCAAGAAGCGCAAGCGCGCCGAGGCCACCGCCGCCUCCACGGACGACGCCGUGACCAAGAAGCCCAAGUCCGAAAAGAAGGAGAAGAAGGAGAAGAAAGAAAAGAAGGCGGCCGAUCCCGAGCCGGCGACCGAGUUCAUACCCCUCGAGGAAUCCAAGGCCGAGAAGAAAGAGCGCAAGCGCAAAGAGAAGGAGGCCCGCAAAGCGGCCGAGGCCUCGACAGAAGACCCAGCCGACCCCUCGGCCAUGGACGUCGAUCCCCCCGCCGCUAAGGAGGACUCCAAGAAGGAGAAGGAGAAGAAGAGCAAGAAGUCCAAGCCCGCCGCCGCGGACGACGAAGACAAGACAGAAAAGAAGGAGAAAAAGGAGAAGAAGGAGAAGAAGGAAAAGAAAGACAAGAAGGAAAAGGAGGCCAACGGCGACGCCGCUGCCGCUGCCGUCGCCGCCGAAGAGAAGCCCGCCAAGUCGGAAAAGAAGUCUAAGAAGUCGAAAAAGUCCAAAGACGAGCCUACCGCCGAGGCUGUCGAACCCGCUGCGGCAGCCGGCGGCGAGGAAGAGACCCCAGCCGAGGGAGCAAAGAGGGAGAAGUACAUUGUCUUCGUCGGUAACCUCCCCUACACGGCCAACAAGGAGUCCAUCAUGGCGCACUUCGCCGCCUACAAGCCAACUGCCGUCCGCUGCCUCCACAAGGACGGCAACCCCAACAUCUGCCGCGGCAUUGCCUUCCUCGAGUUCUCCAACGGCUCCAACAUGCGCACCUGCCUCGACAAGAUGCACCACACCGAGUUUGACGACGGCCUAUCGCCCGCGCGCCGCAUCAACCUCGAGCUUUCUGCUGGCGGCGGCGGCAAGAGCAAGUUCCGCAAGGAGAAGAUCAAGGAACGCAACGCCCACCUCAACGAGAACCGCGCCAAGCGCUUGCAGAAGGAGGAGGACUACAAGAAGCAGCGGGCGGCCCAGGGCGGGGUGAAUUCCCAGCAGGACAGCAUCCACCCGAGCCGCCUGGCCAUGAUGUAUCAGUAGACGGUGGGGAUUCUGCCUUGUAUUCCACGGAGAUUUGCGGUCGAACUUCGGGUCAGGGCUCGACUUGGGCUUGUUCAAUAUUGGAUACACCAGGAGUUGUGGUAUAGACGGGCUAUGCAGUCUCACUGGACGGACCAGCACCAGGUCUCAUGUUAGAUACCCAGGGAUAU